AUGAGGGCGAAAUGUGAGAAAGGGGAUCCUGUGUGUAGGUGCUGUGGAGAAAGUAUAGAGACAUUGGAGCAUAUGUUUUUCAUGUGCAGUAAUGCUAGAGCAAUUUGGAAAGCUGCUCCAUUGAGCUGGGAGGGCUUGGAGGUGUUUAAUAAGAGUUUUUGGCAUUGGUGGGAAGAGCUUAGGGGGGCCACGGGUAGGGAUACAGUAGUAGAUAAGGUAGUGCUGGAAUGGAAUGAGUAUCAAUUGGCCCAGGAUGCAGGGAUAGUGGAAGAGGGUAAUAGUGCAGGAAAGGUGGGGGCAACCAGAGGCUGGGAGAAACCACAAGAUAAUUGGAUUAAGAUCAAUACGGAUGCAGCCCUGAACAUGAAGCGAGGCAAAGCUGGAUGGGGCAUUGUGGCAAGAGAUAGGCAUGAGAGGGUGAUAAGAUCCUGGGCAUGUCCAACUACAUGCUGUGCAGAUGCAAAAGUUGAGGAAGCCUUGGUGAUCAGGGAGGCGAUGGGGCUAGCCAGGAGAGAGGGAUGGAGGAAGGUGGAGUUUGAAUCGGAUUGUAAAUUGGUGGUAGAUAAGAUUAAUGCGUAUGAGGAAGAGAGUAGCAUAGCUAUUAUACUGGCAGAUAUUUGGAGCCUGCGUACUAAAUUUGAUAAAUGUUGUUUCUCCUUCACAAGAGGGUCAAACAACUCUGUAAGUCAUCAAUUAGCAAAAUUUGCUAUAGAUUUGAAAGAUAUUGCUGAAUGGAAGUGUGACUUCCCAGCAUGGCUGCUAGAGCUAGCUCAAGCAGACUUGAAGGAGGAUAGACUCUGA